CUUUAUCUCAAUAAGUCUGUUACAGAAGAGAAAGGAGAAGAAGAGAGAAACUGAUGCAGGGAGAUGCAGAGUUGUGACACCUAAUGACGUGGAAGCAGGAUGACAAAAAGAUAAGGAAGCUUCACGGAAUGGAGCUCUGGAACUCCACCUUGGGAAGUGACUUCAUCUUGGUGGGGAUUCUGGAUGACAGCGGCUCUCCUGAAUUGCUCUGUGCCACAUUCACAGCUCUGUAUAUGUUGGCUAUGACAAGCAAUGGACUGCUGCUUCUGGUCAUCACAGUGGAUGCCCGGCUCCAUGUGCCCAUGUACCUUCUGCUCUGGCAGCUGUCUCUCAUGGAUCUCCUGCUCACAUCAGUUAUCACUCCCAAGGCUGUUAUAGAUUUUCUUCUCAAAGACAAUACCAUCUCCUUUGUGGGCUGUGCCCUUCAGAUGUUCCUGGAACUGACACUGGGUGGAGCAGAGGACCUUCUUUUGGCCUUUAUGGCCUAUGACAGGUAUGUGGCCAUUUGUCAUCCUCUGAACUACAUGAUCUUCAUGAGACCUAGAAUUUGCUGGCUUGGUGUGGCCAUAUCCUGGAUCCUGGCAUCUCUGAGUGCAGUAGGAUAUACCAUCUAUACCAUGCAGUAUCCUUUUUGCAAAUCUAGGAAGAUCAGACACCUGUUCUGUGAGAUCCCUCCAUUGCUGAAGCUGGCCUGUGCAGACACCUCCACAUAUGAGCUCAUGGUUUAUGUGAUGGGUGUGACUUUCCUCCUUCUGCCUCUUGCUGCCAUUCUUUCCUCAUAUAUACUAAUUCUUUUCACUGUACUCCACAUGCCCUCACAUGAGGGCAGAAAGAAAGCCCUUUUCACCUGCUCUUCACACCUGGCUGUGGUUGGUAUGUGGUAUGGGGGAGCUUCAUUCAUGUAUGUUCUUCCAAGUUCCUUUCACACUCCAAAACAAGACAAUAUCUUCUCGGUUUUCUAUACAAUUAUCACCCCAGCUCUGAACCCCCUCAUCUACAGCCUGAGGAAUAAGGAGGUGACUGGGGCUUUUAGGAGAGUCCUUGGCAGAUGCCUUUUGCCAACACACACUACGUCCUAAGUAGCUCUAGUAACUGUGUUCUAACUUUCAUUUCUCUUCCAGAUCAGUUAAUUUUUCCUAUAAAUGAAAUUCUCUUUAUAAAGCAAAACACUAUAAAAAAAUCUUUUGAUUAGAGAUUCAGAACUUGAAUAUACAUGUUAA